AUGUGUUGGGUUUUUUUGUUGAUUAUUGGUUGAACAGUCAGCCAGAGAAGAAGUAGAAAUCAGUGUUUUAUAUUAUUAUAUUGUAAUUCCUGAAUUUUUGACUAAAUGGUGCCUUUAAGUACAAAUUUCCUGAUUCCUCUCCUCAUCGCACAGUCAUUUAAAAAUCCCAUGAAGAUAGCUACAGAAAAACCGAAACUUCACAGAUUAAAUCGAUUUCUUAAAAAAAACUUCUUCUUUUUCACUGUCCAACACUACCAAUAAUCACAAAAUAUGUUGAUUAAUUUAUACAUAAUUUUAGAACCCUAAGAAGGUUGACAAUUGGAAAGUAAUUACUGAGAAAGUGUUUUUUUGCUAAUAAUUUUCAUGAUUACAUUUCAGACUAGCCGGAAUGAAUGUGUUCAUAGAUAAUAUUGAGAAAAAAUUGCAAUUGAAAAAAAAAGUUUUAACAAAAAACAAUGGAGGCUGCGUCUUUUCCUUUUGCUUUCACAACGACAAUAAGCUGGAUUCAUUAUAUUCCAUAAUUAACAGUGCUGGAACUUUGUCAGCCUUGAACUUGAAACAAAGGGCUGGUAACAAAAGCCAAAUUCUGGAGGGGAGGUCUAUUAUUUUUGGACAAUCGCUUCUUUAAGACUGGCAGGUCACUUGGGUGAUGACUGCACGAAACGGUCUGUAUUCUACAAUUCAGGAAGGAUGAAGUUAAAUUUUUGUUUAUUCACAAUUUUAAUAAUAUCUCUGACAAAAACCUCAUCAGCGAGCCCUUUUAAUAAAAACAAAUCGAUUGGAAAAGCUAAAACGUACAAAUUCGACUAUUCCUUGUUCAAAAAUAAAACGACAACAAGAAAGAAGAGAAGUUUGCCACCUCAGUUUUUAGAAAAUGUAAUUAUUGAGAAUGUAGAAGCCAAGUUCAGCUGGGACGAAUACCUGAGCGGUGAUAGAAUCGGGACUUCGUUCAUCUUGAGAAAGGGAAACAGGUUUGUCGAAAACGCAGUACUUUACUAUCCGAGGGAUGAAUCUUUUGUCGUGAGAAAUCUUCAAGAUGCGUCUGGCUAUCAGGGUGAGCUCAGGGUCGUGAAGGACAAAUCGGCCUUGGACGGCUGGAACAACAGCAGCAGAAAGGAUACAACUUUUUUCAGAUUCGACUCAGCCAGAAUAGUCUCUGAAAAUGAAUCGAAAACUAUUCUAAACACCCUUUCAGCAAAACGAGAGACUGGGUUGAAAAUCCAAUCUGUCUCAAUCAGUCUGAAACUGCCCAAGCAGAAAGACAAUAUGAUGUUAGAGGUGUUAGAUCUAGCGAGAAACAGUUCUAGCAAAAUGGUUGUACACGUUUUCCCGAACACAGAGACAGUCGUCCUCAACGACCUCCCAUCACAAUCUAUCGUGCGUUUGGCACUAAAGCCAUUUGGCGUGGGCACGAAAGAGAUAUCCUCCGCAUUCCUUUUUACAGGCAGGCUGACUCUGGAACAUGUCAAAUUUGAAGGGUCAGCGAGUACGAAUUAUGAACGAAUACGACCAAAUGGCAAGAAAAGGCUGACAGUCACAUGUUUUGUCGAAAACAAGAAACCAUUUCAAGGGUUCCCCUGUAAAGGUUCCAGCAUCUGCAUUCCUCUUAACUGGGAGUGCGAUGGUGAUAAUGACUGCCAAGAUGGUUUUGAUGAGCAAGACUGCAAGAGAGGACUCAGUGAGUACAGUCUCAGCAAUUAUAACUCAGACAAUUGCAGACGCAACGAGUUUGAGUGCUUCUCCAGAGGUGUUCAUGUUUGCCUUCCCAUAAGCUGGUUAUGCGACGGAAGAACAGACUGUUCUGAUGGUUGGGAUGAGGACAAGCGAAACUGCCCAGAUCAUCAUCAUUACCCGAGCUACAGCCAAAACCAGAACAACCACUACCAUUACUCAUCAAGCUGCAGCUAUAAUUACUUCAAGUGCAACAAAGGAGGUUGUGUGGCCCCAAGACAUGUCUGCGACGGUCACAAAGACUGCACUGACGGGUCAGACGAGUUUUAUUGCACCGAUGAAGAACCGUUUGACUUGGAUGAAGAUUCCGACACCUUUUGUGAUCCUGACUAUGAAUACUUGUGUGGCAAAGGAAAACGGCAGAAAUGUGUGCCACGUCCGUGGGUGUGCGAUGAUGAAGAGGACUGCCCAGGCGGUGAAGAUGAAGAUGGAAAAAUGUGUUCAAACUAUUUUCCCAACUAUGACUGAUUUUUUUAAAUAUAUAUACAUAUUCUUAAAAUGAUAAUGAUAAAUAAUUAUAUGUAAUUUCAGUAGAUUAUUGUUAAUGUGGUGUUGGUUGUCUAUUUUUUAAAUAAUAAAUGUCUGGUUUUAUCGAA